CGUUUAAAAGGAUAUUUUUCGCAGUACAGUACUUGAGGACUGUUUCCAUGGAAUCGAUGGAAGAGUUUGACCGAGAGUGCCCCAUGAUGAAGACGUUUUGCCAGCUGCUUUCGGAGGACGAGUUUGAGGAGCAAGCCCUGUCCUACACCGAGCGGGCUCUGCUGGACCUGUUUCACACCAUGGACCAGAACCCAGAGCUGUACGAGCGCGUGAUCCGGAAGAGGAAACAGGGCGAGCUGGAGAAGGCCAGUGUCGGCUCCUGUUUAAAGGCAAAGUUCUUCACCGCAGUGGAGGGCCAGAUGAACCGCUGCAACGCUGUGGGGGCUGCCGAGCUGAAACAAAGGGUGGGGCAUCUCAAGGAGGAGAUGAAGAAGGUGCAGGCCUACGCUCAAGAAGCGAAAUGUGCAGCGAAGAGAACCUCAAAGCGUUUGGCUGAAAGGAGACAGAAAACCCCAGGUGAAUGUGAUGAAGAGCAAGCCCCGCCCCCUCCUCCACCUCUACCCCCCAGCACUGCGCUGCCUGAGGCACAGACUCUGCUGAAGGACAGGACCAAUCACAGGAAGAGUGAGUUUCAGAUGGCUGCAACCCCUGAUCUGUUGAACAGUUAUGGGCUCUCGAGACUGGACCGACACUGCAGGAGCUCAGUGGACCUGAGAGCUCUCUCAGAACCUGAACCCGAGAGUUCUUCCAAUCCGCACCACAACAUCCAGUACGAGCUGCUGGCCAGCAUCCCCCUGAAGAGACUCCAUGCCACUGGGAUUGUGAGAUCCCCAGGAGGCACUCCGUUGAAAACCCCGAGAAAGAGCCAGCCGAAGAGCGGAGAGGAGAGUUCCCCAGCCUCCGCGUUCAACACAGCGCUGAUCACCAAGUUCCGCAACGCUGUGAGUCCGACGGGAACGUCGUCACUCGACUCUCCGGAGCGCAGCGACAGCGACACAGACAGCUCGGGGUUCGCCACGCCCCACGGGACUCCGUGACGAGCCCAGGGGAGUUUCUGUCUGCCUCUUAAACCUUGUUUUAAACCUGUUUUAACAGAUGCUUUAUUACUUCAAUCAAUCCAUAUUCCUUCUGAUCCUGUGCUAAAGCAGUUUCUUCUCAGUAGCUUCAAUUGCACUCAAUCACUGAUUGCUUGAUGAGGUAAAACUUCCUUUCACCCCCAAGUCAAGUAGGCAGGUGUUUUGCCUGUUACACUGUGAUCUGUUACUCCAUGCACUGUUGUCUUUUUCAAUAUUCUUUAAAGAGUUUGAUCACAACUCUGUAUUUUAAAAGUUGUAACUUUUCACAAUUCCCAAAAGAUUUUGGAGUAUUUUAUGCAAUGAUGAACAACUUUGAGUUUUACCAAUGCACCUGUUCUAUUACUAAGUACUGUACCAAAAAGAGUGCUCUUUAAACCAAAUAUUUUAAAGGGAGUCGUUUGAGUGGUGUGACUGUAUAUCAUGAAGCAUGUGUAAAUAAUCUGCUACUGUGCCAUUGAUGUGUCCUUUACAAUUGUAUGCUUUCAGCUGUUAACUGAAGGCUCAGAAUCUUAAGCUAGGCUGCCUCAUUUCACAAUAGAUUGAGCUGCAGGAGAGAUCAUUAAAAUGAAGAUCUGAUCAAUAAAUACAAGAUGUGGGCUGAUCAAGUUGAAGCAACACUGUCCAGCCUUGUACUCUAUCUAGGAACUCCAGAAGCACUGUUCUGUGAGAUGUGGCAGUCUGGCAACUUUGAGUGGAUUGUCCAAAAGCCAUAUAUUCCCAAAGCACAUCGCUAUCACUGUGAUCCAGGAUAGGGGAUGGAAGCUGAGGGUCCUCUACAGUGAUGGGUGUAAUAGCAGGACAGGGUUUUGAUCCUCCUCCUGCUGAACACACUGGAGUGGUACACCACACACACACACACACACACACACACAGUAUAUACAGCCACGCCACUGUCGUGUCACUCGUGUUGCUCUUCUUUGUCUCUACCUCAUGCUUUCACUUUGUGCAGGAGUGUUGAGGCAGCAUGCUUUUUUUGAAUCAUCAAAAACAUUGUGGAUUUUCUGAGGCUAAGUAACGCAAGGGGGCUCCUUUAUUAUGGAGCUGGUUGUUUUAUUAGUUUGGUGUUUGAAGUGGACUUUGUGUUGCAGCUUUGGAAGGAUGGUUUAUCAGUCCUGUUGUUCUGGAUAUCUCACUUGCCUUAGUCCUGUUUUAUAGUAAUGAAUCAUCCACCCCUGGUCUGUAUAAACUGUUCAACACUGUGUAAUGAUACAAAAAGACAAAAAGUCCUAUAUUCUCCUGUCUGAGGGAUCUUCACAGAUUCACUGUUUUCAAUAUUUCACUAAAGUGAGAAAGCAAAAUAAAGAGGAAACACUUUACUGAAACUUUAUAAUAAUAUGACGGUUCCCGUCGAGAAUGUUUCCUCACAGCCUUCAGUGUUGAAAGGAGGUCCAAGCCUGCAGGCUUCUCUGCAGCUACAGUGCUGUAUAUCGUACAAUACUGUAUGCAUUACAAUUGAAUUCAGUGCGAGUUCUGUAUUGUUGUGUUCUCAUUCU